CCUGUCAAGAGAACCACUCUGCUCGACUACGCUCACCCCCAACCUCGAUGUAUCUUUCCUUCGAGAGGCCCACCUUCGGGUUUCUCUCGGUCCCUCUUGACCACUACAAGCUAGUACUAGUAGCAACCCCAUUCAUCAAGCCGGUACUAGCACUUGUGUUGUGAAGUAUCUGGACUGUCGGAGAGAACAACGUCCCCAGACACAUUGACUUGGUCAAUGAUCUGCUUGAGACGCUCCAGGGAGGAAAUGGAGCGCAUUUGGAAUCGCCGGAGCCGAUCACCGGUCUUUGUUCCGAGUAGAGUUGCCCAAGCACCUGUGCUUUCGGAUGCCGGAGUCCAACGUCGACUCGUAGGCCAGCAGAUCGUGAAAUGCAGGCGUACUCCGCCAGGGGCGUAUUUGUUCUUUGUGCGAGCCUCUGCAGGAAGCUAACCGGACAUGUCUCUUGAUUGAGUGAUCGACACAGCCCGGUACCGCUUCAGCAGGAGAUCCCACGGAGCACGCGUAUUUGUGUUGGGUAGAGUGUAACGGAUGCUCCAGGUUCUUUGGUAGUUGUCAUAUCGAAACUCCCUAACUCAUGGCACGACCUUGACGCCAAUCGAUUUGCACUGCCAAAUUACGCUUUUGCAUAGACCCUCCAAGCUAAGACCUGAAAGACGCAGUUCGCUUUGUUUGAUUUUGGCAAUUUCAUAAAUGUGUUUAAGCGAGACGGUGCCAACGGUUUCGGUUCCGGGUUUCUGCGCGCCGCGAAUUUUGCCCUUGAUCUCUUUGACGCCUGCGGCUCGGAGGAGAAGCCAAGAAGUCAUGGGCGUCCGGAGUUCGAACGUAAAUGAGCGAUCGGGGCGAACGAUGACUCGGGCUGGGAUAGGAACCCCAGGUGUGAUGUGCGCGGUACGGGCAUUGAAUUCCUUUGCAAGCGUGAGCAUGAGCAAAGCCACCAUGUGAACAAGAUCCUUCAUCAUCCUACCUUGCAAAAAUCCAUACUCUUGACACCUUUACUACCAAGUGCCGGACCAACAGGAGGACUGGGACUUGCUUGACCGGCACCAACAAUCAAUUUGACCACUUGGUCGCGAGCUGGUAUUUUUCUAGACAUGCUGGGCGCUUGGUCGUGUACAACAACGUGAUGAUCGGGAUUCCAGAGAUAUGAGCUGCAGAUGGAAGAUCAAAAGGGAGCGUCCGAGGAUUCAAGUCGCGAAUAUGAAAAUAUUAUAGAUUGGCGACGUGUGGGUGAUGGCAGCGCGUCGAGAUAUUGCUCCUUGAGUACUUUUCUCCGACAAGAAACUGAGCUUCAGGGCUGCAGACGAACUUGAAGCGUGACCACGGCGGAGCAAGAUAGCAUUGGCUCCUUACCCUUUGCAGCUUAGACGCCGAAGAGUAGAACUAGACAACCGGCUAUCAGCACUAGCGUUCUGCUAGUUGGAGAGCAGCAGACAUUAUCCGCUUUUCAGGAACCUGCUACUGGCCGCCGCGGCUUUAAAAUUGUGCUUCAAAGCUCCUAAAGAGUGAGUGCACCUUAUUAUUUGCAUGUGGUGACGUCUGAAUAAUCUGACAAAAACACCCCCCUGGAGCGCAUCCAUACCCUGAAUAACACAAAGUAUUUUUCCGACGACAUACCUGCGCACGAGACAGUCCAUUUACAUGCGCGUCACUUCCUAGACUCGAUACUACAUCUCUCUAAACAACAUGAAUUGGUUCAAGCAACAGUUAGCGAAUGUCGUCGGCACUGAGGAACCAGAAUAUGGGCCUAGCGCAAUCCAGCCUGUAACCAAACAGAUUGAGCGAAAGCCGUACUCUAUCCUUGAUAAGAACGACCUGAAAUGGAAGGCACUGGACAGCACCAAUGUCGAGACUGAGACAUUUUACUUCAUGUCGGACGACGGGACUGUAUCUAUGGCGCAGGUCAUUUACAGCAAUGUCGGCGGCAUUCACACCACUGCACAAUUCAACACCAAGAUAUUUGAUCACGAGGGCCCUGGAAAGCACCUGUGGUGUUCAGAUCCGUUGACAGACUACGGCUUCGACGAGCCCCAGACGUCCUUUUAUGCGGAAAACCUGGCGUUGGAAUUAAAUGAGGCGGGUGACACCUACACAAUCAGGUCGGCGGUGAAUGAAAACUGCAUUGUCAAUUUGACUGUGAAACGAACAGCGCCUGGCUUCCAGUUGGGCGAGGAUGGCACCAGCUACUUUGGCACCGACCCAGAAAACCCAUGGGGCUCUUUACGACAUGCCUUCUGGCCGAGAUGUACAGUGACUGGGACCAUGCAGACACCCACGAAACAAUACAAGAUAGAUGGCAGGGGACUGUAUAUCUACGGACUUCAGGGCAUGAAACCCCACCAUCUCGCGGCUAGAUGGAACUUUGUUAACUUUCAAACACCCACGUAUUCAGCUGUGCUCAUGGAGUAUACGACCCCAGCAUCAUACGGCAGAACGGUUGUUUCUGUAGGAGGGAUUGCCAAAGACAACGAACUGAUAUGUGCCGGUGAAUGUACCGCGAAGCAUGUCACGUCGAAUCAGGAGACGGAGAAUGACUGGCCGGAACCGAGGACGGUUGCUUUCGAAUGGAAAGGAGAACAGGGCGGCAAACCGGUCACGGGAGACAUCACAGGCGAUCUGCCCGCUCGGUCGGAUCGGAUCGAUGUGCUGUCCCAUUUGCCUGGCUUUGUCAAGUCUUUUAUCAGUGGCGCAACUGGCUUGAAGCCACAUAUCUUCCAGUAUUCUUCAAAGGAUCAACUCAGCCUGAAGUUGAAGAUCGGGGACGAGGAAAUAACAGAGCCUGGGCAACUGUUCUGCGAAGCGACCUUCAUAUCCUAAUGAGACCAGAGACGAUGCAUGUCCGAUAGAUUGGAGGCUGGAUGACCAAUUGUUGGAUACCUAGCUCCUGUUAAUGUCUAAUAUCCUGAUCCAAGACG